GGGUCCGCACCGAGCGGUGCCCGGCAGCGGGCGGGCGUGACGGGCAGCGGGCAGGCAUGACAGGCAGCCGGCAGGCAUGACAAGCAGCCGCCGGCCCGCAGCCGCCCCCCGGCAGCCGGCGGGGAGCGCGGCCCCGGCCAGCAGCGAGAUGGCCCCCCGGAAACAGCCGCGGCGGAGGCUGCGCGCCCGGCGGGCGGCGUGAGCUCCUCCCGGCCGAGCGAUGGGGCAGACCUCGGUCUCCACGCUGCCCGAGCCGGCCGGCGUUGAUGGUUUGGAUAAAGCUUCAAUUGCUAACUCUGAUGGACCAGCCCCAGGAUCCCAAACUCCCCCCUUCAAGAGGAAAGGCAAACUCUCCACCAUUGGCAAAAUUUUUAAACCUUGGAAAUGGCGGAAGAAGAAGACUAGUGACAAAUUCAGAGAAACGUCAGCAGUGUUGGAAAGGAAGAUUUCGACAAGACAAAGCAGAGAGGAGCUGAUAAGAAGGGGAGUGCUGAAGGAAAUGCCUGAGCAAGAUGGUGAUGUAACAGUAAAUUUUGAAACUUCAAAUGGACACACCAUAGCCAUUGGUGAACAAGCCAUCCAGGAAGAAAGUGUGGUAAAAGACAGUGGAGAUAAUGGUGCUUUAUCAGAGAGAGCAUCAGUAUUGGAAGGGAAAAAAGAAGAUCAAAAAGAGAGCACUACUGAUCACUGCCCAGAAAUACCGGCAUCCCAUGCUCCACCAUCACCCAAACCUAAGCCUAAAUCUAAAAAAGCUCCGCUGCCACCAAAAAAUGCUGUUGCUGCUUCCACCACCACCAGCCAUAAGAGUAACGAAGCACCUCAUGCUAAAAAAAAGGGAAAGGCUCCUGCUAAGCAGCCUCCUCUCCCACCACCCAAGCCAACAAGUCACAGUGCAAAUCGAGAAGCUGCUAGUUCCUCUCAUGCAAAAAAACAACCAGUCUCCAAGUCCUCUUCAUCACCAUCUCCUUCGUCCACAUCAUCUCAUCCUAAAGCUUCUAAGGAGACUUCCAGCAAAUUGGGCACAUCAGGGACUCCCAGGGGCAAGAAAAAACCUGGGAAACAGUCAGCCCCACGAACAGCACCGGAUGGGGCUGCUUCUUCCCCUUCAGGUGCCACAGCCAGCAGGUUGGACACAAAGGCAGAAAAGCACGAGCCUGAGCAACCUUCCAUAGUCAUUUCUGAAUCAGAGGAUGCAGACCAGCCAAGCAAGCUUGUUGUUCCCCCUCCUCCCAGUGCUGCCCCUCCUCCUCCUCCACUUCCACCUCCUUUUCCUGCUACAGCCAGUCAGCCUGCUGUCUCCUCUGAUGCCCAGGAUGUGCCAGACAGCUGUGUGGCAGGGCCAGCUGUCCCCAGAUCAGAUACUAGACCUCUUCUCCAGACUGAGCAUGGCACAGAUGAGAGCCUGAGCAGUACGGCCCUAGACAGAGGUCCAGAUGCUAGUGGAGAAGACACAAAAAGCUUGGCUACCAAAGAAGACCAAGAAGUGGAGGAACCCAACCAGGCACACUCUGAGCUGGUGGAGGAGACUUCUGAUGCUGCUGCCCCUCCUGAGAGUGAAAGCAGUAGAGAGAGCCACAGCAGUGACUCGGACUCUGACGGGCCGAUACUCUACACAGAUGAUGAUGAUGACGAUGAUGAUAAUGCAAGUGCUGAAAGCUCUUUGGCAAGUAAAAUUCGUCGCAGGGAUACUCUUGCUAUCAAACUUGGCAACAGACCAUCUAAGAAAGAAUUAGAAGACAAAAACAUCUUGCAGCGUACAUCUGAAGAGGAGAGGCAGGAAAUCAGACAUCAGAUUGGAACAAAGCUAGUGAGGAGACUUAGCCAGAGGCCUACUACUGAAGAGCUAGAGCAAAGAAAUAUCCUAAAACAGAAGAAUGAAGAAGAGGAACAGGAAGCCAAAAGAGAAAUAAAACGUAGACUCAGUAGAAAGCUCAGCCUGAGGCCUACAGUGGCUGAACUUCAAGCAAGAAGAAUCCUUCGAUUUAAUGAGUAUGUGGAGGUCACGGAUUCUCCGGAUUACGACCGUCGUGCUGACAAGCCUUGGGCCAGGUUAACUCCUGCAGACAAGGCAGCAAUACGGAAAGAGCUGAAUGAAUUUAAAAGCACAGAAAUGGAAGUACAUGAGGAAAGUCGGCAAUUUACCAGGUUUCAUCGUCCAUAACUGACCACAUCCUGUAUUUCAUGUAACAGUUUUCUUUGGGGAAAUCACUGCAUCCUGAAGACCUGAGAUUGCACUGGAACUUGACUGAGUGUGAUUGUGUGCUACAGCUUACCCUGAAGUUAAUGAAGGAUGUGGCCCUCUUCUUUAUUAAUGGACAAAUAAUUUGUCUAGGAGGAGAACCUACAUGACAUUUCUCAGCGUUAAGACAGACCAUGGUUCUGUGUCUAGCCCACACAGACAAGUUUGUGGACUUCUGUGGAGCUCCACAGGUCAGGAAGAGCUGAAGACAAUCGCUUGAGAGCCUGUUACCAGGAACUCACCAGACUGCACAGGGUUGUGACUGAGGGUAACUGAGAGCGGGGAGUGUGAAAAUGACAAAGAUUGUGGAGGUAGAGACUUCGCUUGUCAGUCCAUGUUGAAAGAUGGAAUGGAUGGGACUGAUUAAUGAUGCACGUGGCCAGUGUGAGGAAUUAUUUUUUUAAAUACUGAGAGUGUGAGCAACUGUGCAUGUAUUUUUUUUAGUGGCCGCAGCCUGUCUUAGAAAGACAGCAAGCCACAAGUCCUCAUGUCAUCAGUACUUUAGUGAAGAACUGUAAUUUUCUCUGGUGCCAGUAAAUACAGUUGCCAGAAAUCAGUCCUAGUAUAACUCUGCUGUCUUUUUUAAAAUCCCAACGCGCAUGCUUCAAGAAGUACAUUGAACAUUCACACAGAACAAGUAAUACAUUUUUUGGUUUUUAAUGUUGACAUACUCUGGAUCUUCAGAAAUACAUAAACAGGAUUCAAAGGACGAAUAACACAUGACACUAUGAAUGCAAUUAAAUGCUUCAUGUUUAGAAACACUCCUUGCUGCCUGUCACUUGCCAUUCAAAGCAGAGGGAUCUUUCUUACCUAUGGCAGGCAGUGGUAACAACUUCGACAUCAUGCUGGUGUGGAUCCAAAACCAGAAUUGAAAUUGGGCACAAAAGUCUCUACUAGUCAGCUUCAGCAGUGAUUAUGAAUGUGAGGUUUUAAGUUUGAGGACUCUUGCACUGCUUUGAAGGAAGAACUCCCAGAUGAAUCAGGAUGCCUUCAGCCAGUGGUCUUGUAAAACUGAACAGAAAAACCCUGUUUUAGUUGAGUGUGAAGAAUGCUUCUUAGAUUGAUAAAUUUUUAUACUAUCUUGAAAUAGUAUAUGUGAAUACAGUGCUAUUAAAAUUAAGUGGUAUGGAGUGUGAAAGGCAAUACAUGGUUUUCUGAGUUGGCCCAAAGGCCUACUAAAAAGCCAGGGGCGUUGUUUACACUAAGAAAUUCUCUGUCUUAUAUUAGCACUUAUUUAUCCUUUGAAUUAAUGUACACAGCAUUUUGGGGGGGUCUGGAAUUCACAUAGGCAUACAUUUAAUGCAGUAUUAAAAUAUAUUUGCUAUUUAUCCUCUCUAAUGUGUGUACAUAUUACAAUUUAUUUUUGUCUUUUAUGAGCCCUGUUUAUUUUUUAAUUAUGAAGUGUAAGUAUUUCUUUUUCAGGCAAUAAAAGGUCUGUGUAGAUGUGAUUUUUACCUCAAAA